GCUUUAUAGACUUUUCAUAUCCAGACUCAAACACUUGUUGAACCUUAAUUACUCUCCUUCAUCUCUUUGCAAUCUUUUUCAAAUCUGUAUCUAUUGUAAUACAUAUAUACAAGCAGCAUUACUCAGUGAUUUUAACCAUUAGAAUACGAUACAAUAUUAGUUGACUUGCCGUCCAUGGCUAGCUUACAAGUUCAUGGAGAUGAAUCGGUUCUUUUGCUCAUUUCGCACUCUAACAUGAAGAGCUUUGCUCCAGAAGUUCGUUUCUCACUUCAGAUGACAAUAGAAGCUGUAAAAGACAAGCUAUGGAGAAAAUGUGGUACCUCUGUGGAUUCAAUGUGCCUUGAACUAAAUGAUCAUAAUGGCACUAAAAUUUCGAAUCUAAGUGAAAACAUGAGACCCCUUGGCUUCUAUUCUCCACAAGACGGACAUCGGCUGCAUAUUAUAGAUCUUGAUCCAUCAUCUGUGACCUCUGGAGGUUGGCUGGAUGACACUUCACAGGUCGAAAAAUACACAAUAUCAGAAGAAGCUUAUGAUAAACUUGAUGGCACAUAUAGGAAAUACAAGGAAAAAUUUGCUCACCAAAAGCCUACAACUCAAGUUCCCAAGAUUCCAGAAAAUUAUAUGGAAGAUCUUUGUACAAAUAUGAAGAUAGGAGAUAGGUGUCAAGUUGAACCUGGGGACAAAAGAGGGGUCAUCAAAUUUGUUGGCCAAGCAGAAGCACUUGGACCAGGAUUCUGGGUUGGAAUUCAAUAUGAUGAGCCCCUGGGAAAACACGAUGGCGUGGUGAAAGGAAAACGCUACUUCAGCUGUCCUCCACGUCAUGGAGCUAUAAUGAGGCCUGACAAAGUCAAGGUUGGUGACUACCCAGAGCAGGACCCGUUCGAUGAAGAUGAAAUAUAACCAAGGGACGUUGUGCAACUUGUUCUUCACUCAAGUCCUGCAAAAAGUUUGAACAUGUUUUAUCAGCAACUUAAAAGUAUGACGUGUGGGUACCUAGUUCUAAGUUUUCAUAUAUAGCGAAGUCCAGAACAGUUCCAAGUAGCAACUGUGUGACCCCUAUGUCACCCUUGAAUUUAAGGGUUAGUAUUUCGCAAUUUGUGUAUUUACCAUCUUGUUUUAUGCAAGCUAGGGAAUUGUUUUCCCUUGACUAAUUUUGUGAAUGAAUAAUAUGAUGAACAAUGAACAUGAAAGUAAUCCUAAGCUAUUAUUUUCAGAA